GACUCGCACUCACUCUCGCGAGAUUUACCGGCAGCCAUCUUCUUGGGGGUGCUGGAAGCCGGGAAGACCCCCGAACCGUUCCCAUUGAGCCGCCUUUCGUCGUCGCUUUUCUUCACGUCUGCCCUGCCGCGUGGCCAGCCAACCAAGCACCUAAUCCCAACGCUGAGAGGAGAGCCCGGGUCGGAGCGCGUUCGGCUCCCCUUCGGGAAGAUUCACUGGGGGGGAAGCGGGGCAGGGGGCAGGGCCCGGCCGGCAAACGGUUGCUGCCUCAGCCCGGGCCGGGGUCCGCCGAGGGGAGAAGCUCCCGGGGACCCGGUGGGCGCGUGGCCUGCGGCGGCCCCCGCCGACGUGCUCGCCGACCCCGCGGCUCGCGGGGACCUGCCACCGGCACCUCCCACCGCUGCCCACGCGGACGGACGGCGCGCGGAGGAGGGGGCGGCGGCGGCGGCGUCGACCUGGGCGAGCGCAGGAGCGAGGCCGGCCUCGGGGCCGCGGUGGAUGGUUUCUAAGAUGAUCAUCGAAAACUUCGAGGCGCUCAAGUCCUGGCUCAGCAAGACCCUCGAGCCCAUCUGUGAUGCCGAUCCAUCAGCCCUAGCAAAAUAUGUUUUGGCUCUGGUAAAAAAAGACAAAAGUGAAAAAGAAUUAAAGGCGUUAUGUAUUGAUCAGCUCGAUGUAUUUCUUCAGAAAGAGACACAAAUAUUUGUUGAAAAACUUUUUGAUGCUGUGAAUACAAAGAGUUAUCUACCUCCUCCAGAGCAGCCAUCGUCAGGAAGCCUGAAGGUAGACUUUCUUCAGCACCAAGAAAAAGAUAUAAAAAAAGAAGAGCUCACAAAGGAGGAAGAGCGAGAGAAGAAGUUUUCCAGAAGGUUGAAUCACAGUCCUCCCCAGUCAAGCUCCCGAUACAGAGAUAAUAGAAGCCGUGAUGAGAGGAAAAAAGAUGAUCGCUCUCGAAAAAGAGAUUAUGAUCGAAACCCUCCUCGAAGAGAUUCAUACAGAGACCGGUAUAACAGAAGGCGAGGGAGAAGUCGCAGUUACAGCAGGAGUCGAAGUCGAAGCUGGAGUAAAGAGAGGCUUCGUGACAGGGAUAGAGAUAGAAGCAGGACGAGGAGCAGAAGCAGGACUCGAAGCAGGGAAAGGGACCUGGUAAAACCUAAAUAUGACCUGGAUAGAACAGAUCCGUUAGAAAAUAAUUAUACACCAGUCUCUUCAGUAUCUAAUAUUUCAUCUGGCCACUAUCCUGUACCUACUUUGAGCAGCACCAUUACCGUAAUUGCUCCUACUCAUCAUGGUAAUAACACUACCGAAAGUUGGUCUGAAUUUCAUGAAGACCAGGUUGAUCACAACUCUUAUGUAAGGCCACCAAUGCCAAAGAAACGGUGUAGAGAUUAUGAUGAAAAGGGGUUCUGUAUGAGAGGAGACAUGUGUCCUUUUGAUCAUGGAAGUGACCCAGUAGUUGUAGAAGAUGUGAAUCUGCCAGGCAUGCUGCCUUUCCCAGCUCAGCCACCUGUUGUUGAAGGACCACCUCCUCCGGGGCUGCCUCCACCUCCUCCGAUCCUUACACCACCACCUGUGAAUCUUAGACCCCCUGUGCCACCUCCAGGUCCAUUACCACCCAGUCUGCCACCUGUCACAGGACCUCCUCCUCCACUUCCUCCUUUGCAGCCAUCUGGCAUGGAUGCACCACCUAACUCUGCGACCAGCUCUGUCCCUACUGUAGUAACAACUGGCAUUCAUCACCAACCUCCUCCUGCUCCACCCUCUCUUUUUACUGCAGUUUUUGUGUUACCAGAUACAUACGAUACAGAUGGCUACAAUCCUGAAGCCCCAAGCAUAACAAACACUUCCAGACCUAUGUACAGACACAGAGUCCAUGCACAGAGGCCCAACUUGAUAGGACUAACAUCAGGUGACAUGGAUUUACCGCCUAGAGAAAAGCCUCCUAAUAAAAGCAGUAUGAGGAUAGUAGUGGAUUCAGAAUCCAGAAAAAGAACUAUUGGGUCUGGGGAACCUGGAGUUUCUACAAAGAAGACAUGGUUUGAUAAACCAAAUUUUAAUAGGACAAACAGCCCAGGUUUCCAGAAGAAGGUUCAAUUUGGAAAUGAAAAUACUAAACUUGAACUUAGGAAAGUUCCUCCAGAAUUAAAUAAUAUCAGCAAACUCAAUGAACAUUUUAGUCGAUUUGGAACAUUGGUUAACUUACAGGUUGCCUAUAAUGGUGAUCCUGAAGGUGCCCUUAUCCAAUUCGCAACUUAUGAGGAAGCAAAGAAAGCAAUCUCAAGUACAGAAGCAGUAUUAAAUAAUCGCUUUAUUAAGGUUUAUUGGCACAGAGAAGGAACUACUCAGCAGUUACAAACUACUUCACCAAAGGUAAUACAGCCUUUAGUCCAGCAGCCCAUUUUACCUGUUGUGAAGCAGUCAGUCAAAGAGCGGCUGGGUCCUGUACCUUCGGGUACUGCUGAACCAGCAGAAGCCCAGAGUGCUACUUCAGAACUUCCCCAGAAUGUAACUAAGUUAUCUGUGAAGGACAGGUUGGGUUUUGUAUCAAAGCCAUCUGUUUCAGCAACUGAAAAGGUGUUGUCUACAUCUACUGGUCUUACAAAAACGGUGUAUAAUCCAGCUGCUUUGAAGGCUGCACAGAAAACCUUCCUAGUUUCUACCCCUGCAGUUGAUAACAAUGAAGCCCAGAAAAAGAAACAGGAGGCACUGAAACUUCAGCAGGAUGUAAGAAAAAGGAAGCAAGAAAUUUUAGAAAAGCACAUUGAAACACAGAAGAUGCUAAUUUCAAAACUAGAGAAAAACAAAACCAUGAAGUCUGAAGAUAAAGCAGAAAUAAUGAAAACAUUAGAGAUUUUGACAAAAAAUAUUACCAAGUUAAAAGAUGAGGUUAAGUCUACAUCUCCUGGACGCUGUCUUCCCAAAAGUAUAAAAACAAAGACUCAGAUGCAGAAAGAAUUGCUUGACACAGAAUUGGAUUUAUAUAAGAAGAUGCAGGCUGGAGAAGAAGUCACUGAACUUAGGAGAAAAUAUACAGAAUUACAGCUGGAAGCUGCUAAAAGAGGAAUUCUUUCAUCUGGCCGAGGUAGAGGAAUUCAUACAAGAGGCCGAGGUGCAGCUCCCGGACGGGGCAGGGGUAGAGGCCGAGGCCGAGGUGUGCCUGGGCAUGCUGUGGUGGAUCACCGACCCAGAGCAUUGGAGAUCUCUGCAUUUACAGAGAGUGAUAGAGAAGAUCUUCUUCCUCAUUUUGCGCAAUAUGGUGAAAUUGAGGACUGUCAGAUUGAUGACUCUUCACUUCAUGCAAUAAUUACAUUCAAGACAAGAGCAGAAGCAGAAGCAGCUGCAAUUCACGGAGCUCGCUUCAAAGGGCAGGAUUUAAAGCUGGCCUGGAAUAAGCCAAUAACUAACCUGUCAGCUGUGGAUACUGAGGAAGCUGAACCUGAUGAAGAGGAAAGAGAGAACAUCACUGCCUGAAUUUAGCUUUUGACUACAUGAGCAAAGCCCUGUUUGUCCUGUCUGGAGACGACUGUUAAUAAUAUCAUCUUGUCAUUUGGUUUGCUCUCUAUCAAUCUGAAUAGAUGUUUACAUGUACUGUGAUGACCAUUUUAUCUUUAUAGUUCUGUACAAGUACAUCUGAGUCCAGACGUGUAUCAAAUGUAUGAGGUUUAUGACCUUAUUUAGAAAUGUUUUCUUCCCUUUAUAGCAAUUUAAUUUGUAAAACACCUUAAGAAGGAACAAGGCCUUUUAGUUUCCUUAUGAGAUGUAUUAUGUCCCGGGCAAACUGAGAGAUAUGUUUGGGAAAUCUAUAAAGCCAUGAGAGCAUUAAUUGAACAAUUUAGAAUGAAGAAAAUGGAUUAAAAAGUUAAACAUAAGUUUGGCUUUAAUUUUUUUUUUAAUUUUAGGAUAUAUUUAUUGAAUUAGGAUAGCCACUAAAAGUUUUGAGCAGACGUUAAAGUACGUGUUACACACUGUAAUUAACUUGUCUCUUUCUUGGAAGUGUGUUGAUUUGUUGGAACUGCCAGGGCCAUUGACUCCAGUGCAUUUUUUUGCUGUUCUUAAUUCCUCAAAAACAAGGAAAAUCAUUUCAUUUCUUUUCAAAUAAUAAAUGCUAAUCUAUGGGUUCUAAAAUUGAAAACCAUCUAUUAAAUUUGUCUAAUUUAUACAGUUUUCAUCACUUGUAAUCAAGACAUCAAAGGCAAUCCUAUAAGCAAAGGGAAAUAGUGUUACAUGUUUGUUUUUUAAGGAAUAGUUUUCAGCUGCUUUAUAACUGUGUACUAAUUACUUAUAAGAAAUAUAGCUUAAACUUUACAAAGUAUAAAAUUAAAGUUUUCAUUAUAAAUAUUAACAAAGUUCUUUUUAUAGCAUACCCAAAAUAGUUUUUCACUAAGUUAUUUUGAGUAUUUCUUCAUAGAUUAUUAGGGGUAUUUGAGAAGCCUAAUGUGACAGCCACUCUUACUUGGAAAAGUCCAAAUAUAUUGAUUCUGAUUUUUUUUUUUCUAUUUUCUUUAAGUUCUACUCAGUCACACUUUCUUCUAUAAAGCUGAUACCUGUAAACACUUUUUCCCUCUUGAGUAUGCAUUGUGAUUGUCUUCAUGAAAAACAAGAUGUAACAAACUCAUAGUCAUAACUGAUCUGUCUUGAGCUACAUUGAUUAUACAUUCAUGGUUAAAGGAAAGGCAUGUAUAUUAGGUAAUUAAUCAUUUAAAUAAUAAUUUGGAUAGCCAAAAAGGCAUUUUGUUUGGUUGUGCCCCACCACAUGCCCACUUUUUUGUGUGUGUGUUUUUUUUUCAAAUUGGCAGAUAGCCAUAAAGUAUUCAUAAAUGUUUAAUCAGACUAGUUGAUUUUUUUUUUCAAAAAAGACUUUAUAGUAGUAGUGUUAUAGCUGCUUAAUUUAGAGCCAAAGGAUAUUGUCUGAAGAGACCAUACCUGCCAGUAACUCUUUUGAUUUGUUCAUAGGUGAAUGCCACACACUGUCACCUUAACUAAUUUUGCCAUUGCUUUUUACUUUGCUAUUGAAUUAAAAACAAAGCAAAACAACGUGGAAUAUGCCCUUGGGAAUCGGAGGUCAUCAUUGCCUUUUUUUUUAAAUUGUUGGUAGAUUUUUUUUUUUUUCAAAUUGGCAGUUACAUUUAAGUCCCUAUAAAUCAGCUAAUUAGAGAUUCUCUUUUCAAUUUUUUCUUGAAUAGACUUGUCAUGGAGCUACGUGUACAUAGCUGUACAAAAUCAUUUUUGUGUAAUUGAAUGGAGCAGUUUACCUCUGCAUGAUUGCAUUAUGGAAGCCUUUUAUAUAUCUUUAUAUUUUUCAAUAUAUUUAGAUUUUACAAUAUUGGUCGCUCUAGUCAUGCUAUAUUUGUUUUUUUUUUAAAUAGAAUUUAUAAAUAUUUAUGCUCAAAAUACAGAUCAACUAAAUAUUUUUGGUCUUGUUUACAAGAUAAUACUUUAAAGUGAUACAGGCCCCUCAAGUGUCUUAGGAAACAGUCAUUGGUGCUAUAAAACCUUCCAGUGUCAUUGCGUCUGUUGUUUCGUCUUUGCUAGGCUUUAAUCUAUUAUCGCUUACACUUUAGCUAGCAGCAGCAUUAUAAAGAGGUAUUUUAGAGUUGGGGUAAGACCACAGCCCCAUUAGAGAACACCUAAUAAUUUAAGAAAAUAAUGCAGAAUGACUGUGUCCUUAUUUGUGCCCAGCUUCUCCCAAAAGAAAAUAGUUUAUUUUGAUAAGAGGGAGGCUAUUAAUUUGAGUAGCAUUUAAAAAUGAUAUACUCAAGCAUGUUUUUCCCUCAUAUUUGAAAUGGAAAACUUUUCUAGUCCUAAAAUUAUGAAAUUUUACUUUGCUUUAAACUCUCAUCUGUCCUUUCCUCAACUGAAGGCAGAGUAUUUCGUACAGAUAUUUACAGAAUAUUUGCUGAGUUAUAAAGAAAUGAGUUAUUACAUUGUACUCAUUGUACUAGUUUUCCAUUAAUGUGUAUUUGUUGUUCUGCCCCAAGAUUUUAUUCCAGCAUUUAGUGGAUGUUGGUAAGAUACAGGAAAGCAUCAGCAAAGCAUUCUCUUAUAUGCUUACUUCUGAUUCUCAGAAUCCAAAACCUGUUUUGAGUGUGAUAAUACUUCAGAACAUAUUGUCUGGCACAAGAUUUCCUUUAAUAAGUGAUUUAUUUUAACUCAGUUUCUAUGAACUGUUACUGAAUCUGAAAACACCAAAGGAGUCUUUUCUUGUCUGAAGACUGGGUUGUUCCAGUGGUUAGCACCUGUGCCCAUAAUUAUCCCAUUUCAUGAAUGCGUGUUGGCAUGGGGGAAUUCCCUGCUCUUUGAGUGGAGCGAAAGUAACUGGUUAAGCUGUAGCAGCUUCCUUGUUUAUUUUUAAAAGUGAUGAUAAAACUUGAACUGAAAAAGGUAAAACUUGAACUAGAAAACUACUCUUGUAUGCACAGAAUGUUUAUAGUGACUGUGUUUAUGUGGGUUGUCAACACUUCUAUUAUUUAUAGUUGAAUUAUGUUGUUUAUUAAAUAUCCAUGUUUAUUAUUUUUAU